AUGUGGCAGUACAUAGCGCUAGUCGUGUGCAUCACCAGCGUCAGUAGUGCUGUACCAAUUGCUCAGCAAAGAUUAAGGCUUCGUAGAAGUAGGGGCGUCGAUACGAGUUUUGCUGUUACUAAAUUGAAGUUCGGAUGCUUGGGCGAUGGUGCAAAUGACUGCGGAAUUAGGAGGAGUCCCUGUGGAAUAUCGUACCAUUAUGUACCCUGUGCCAGUGAAUAUUCGCAAGACUGUGGUAGUACCAUGCAAACGGCCACGAUUGACUAUUCUAAAAAUCUUGCCUAUGUUGUCUCCUCAGCUAGUAAAAAUUCCUGA